AUGAAUACUUCUUUCUCUUUUAACGGUGAAAACGAUGAUCAUGAGGAUCUGCUUACCCUUUCUCUCUCGAUCGGAGCUAGGUCACCGGCAACGGUACCAUUAAACCAGUUUCACUCCUAUCUAUCAUCAGAAAUAUCACCGCUUGCGCCGCUUCAACCCACAUUUACAACCACAGCGCUGCCGCUCCCGCCCUUGCCUUUAUCACCACAAGAACCAAUAUUUUUUGCGGCACCACCACUGCAACCGCCAUCAACAAACCUCGAGACUGCUCCGAUACCUUGCCGAGGUCGUGCCGGCCGCAAACCUUCCAUACAGGCUCUUAAACAAGGGAAAUCUGAAGCGGUAUCGGCACCGUAUCCAUGGGCUACGACGCGGCGUGCUACUGUGCAUAGUCUUGAUUAUCUAUUGUCGAAAGGGAUAAACGUGAUUAGUGGCAACCUUUAUUGCAAACGGUGUGACAAACAGUACGAGGUCGAAUAUGAUUUGCGGCAAAAGUUCAUGGAGGUUGCGUGUUUUGUGUCGAAGAACAAGUGCGGCAUGCACGACCGGGCACCGGCAAUUUGGAUGAAUCCUAGUCUCCCCAAUUGCGAAUUUUGUGAUCAGAACAAUUACGUGAGGCCGGCUGUUUCAAAGAAGAGAUCGAUCAAUUGGCUGUUCUUGCUUCUGGGACAGAUGCUCGGGUGUUGCAAACUCUCGGAAUUGAAGUAUUUUUGCAAGCACACUAAGAAUCACAGGACGGGAGCAAAAGACCGAGUGCUUUAUCUUACUUAUUUAGCUUUAUGCAAACAAUUAGAUCCUAAUGGAGCUAUUGAUCUUUAG